UAACAAGAUCCAACAGUCUUUUCGGCGGGAAUACGGAACUGUUGCUAUUAAUGAAAGAUCUUUCUUUUUGUUCCAAAAAGAUGGUGCAAUAAGAGGCUUUAAAAUUUUGCUUCUUGAAGAAAAUAAUAAUUUAUUAGCAUUUUUAUUCUGGACUUUAAUACUUUUUUUUCCCUAUUGUUUCGUCAGAAUAUAUUUUCAUCUUAAUUUUUCAUGUGGAAAGUAGACAAAAGAUAAUUUUGAAUAUUUUGACGAUGGAAGUUUACACGUGUUUGCCAAUUGUUUUACUCUUUAUCAAUGGACUUCAGAUCACUUUGGGGCAAGAUCGUUGGUACUGGUAUCAACAGGCAAAAUCUCAGUUACUAAAAAAUCUGGACGAUGACCGCAAUUACAACGUGGCCAAGAACCUCAUCCUCUUCAUCGGGGACGGUAUGGGGAUGACCACAGUGACCACUUCGCGCAUCCUCAGGGGCCAGAAGCUGGGGAAGACAGGAGAGGAAAACGAACUGGCGUUUGACAAGUUCGAGUACGUCGCGCUCUCCAAGACUUACAACACUGACAGUCAAGUUGGAGAUUCGGGUGCAUGCGCCACAGCGUUGCUGUGUGGUGUCAAAGGCCGCUUCGAAACAGUGGGUUUAGACGACAGUGGACGCUACGACAAAUGCCAGAGCAGUUUCCAGUCAAGAAUACCAUGCCUAGCUGAUUGGGCGCAGGCGGAAGGUAAAUCUACCGGUCUGGUGACAACGACUCGAGUAACGCAUGCCACCCCUGCUGCCAUGUAUGGCCACUCUGCGAGCAGAUACUGGGAGAGCGACGACAAGAUACCAGAAGAGGCGCGGGCCGCCUGCAAAGACAUCGCUCGACAACUGGUUGAAAACGACCCGGGCAGGAACAUCAAUGUAAUUCUUGGGGGUGGUCGGCGGCAUUUCCUUCCCCGCAAAGAAAACGACCCUCGAAUGCAGACGGAUAUGGGUCGAAGAGAAGAUGGUCGUAACUUAAUUGACGAGUGGCUGCGGGACAAGAAAACUAGGGACCUUGAUUAUGAGUACAUUUAUAGGAAGGAAGACUUUGACAAGGUUGAUCCGGCUAAGACAGAUUACCUCUUAGGAUUGUUCAACCACGGUCAUAUGGCAUACGAAGUGGACCGAGAUUCAGGGCCAGAUGGAGAACCUUCUCUAGCCGAAAUGACCAGAAAAGCCAUAGAAAUUUUGAGGAAGAAUCCCAGAGGGUAUUUCUUAAUGGUCGAAGGUGGUCGAAUUGAUCACUCGCACCACUUCAACAAUGCCCACCGUGCUCUAGUCGAUACCCUGGCUCUUGAAGAUGCCGUCAUGGUGGCCUUAGAGAUGACCAAGCCGGAGGACACACUCAUGGUGGUUACCUCUGACCAUUCCCAUGUAUUUGCUUUCGGGGGAUAUCCCAAGAGGGGAAACCCGAUAUUAGGAUUGGACGAUAAGAUCUCCGAUGUGGACAAUAUGCCAUACACUACUCUUCUGUAUGCCAAUGGACCCGGAUACAAUCACAAUUUUCCAACAGGGCGUGAAAAUUUGACUGGAAUGAAUACUGAGGAUAAAAAUUACGUGCAACAAAGUGCCGUGCCUCGCCGCUGGGACACUCACGGUGGCGAAGACGUUCCCGUUUAUGCUCAUGGUCCUAUGGCGCAUCUCUUUAGAGGUGUCCUGGAGCAGACCUACAUUCCACACGCCAUGGCAUAUGCCGCCUGUAUAGGACCCCAGAGAGAUGACUGCGAGAGACGAAGACACACUUUCCACCGACAAGUUAUAGAAUGCCCAUCCCCACAUACCAAUUCUGCAACUACAUCCACAGCCUUGGCUGUUUCCAAAUUCCUCCUCACUUCCUCGUGGUUGCUCUGGACCUUCUUUCAGCACUCUAGAACGUUAUCUCUAUGGGAGCCUUGCUAAAGAACAUAUUUAAAGAUAGAGCCUUACGAAUAGAGGUUGUUUGGUACCAUUUAGGAGUAAUACCAUGACACUGCAUUUCGUACCCACCGGGUUGGAAAUGGAAGAUUGGACAAGUUGUGUUCACUACCAAAAACUAUGGCACUGGAGGAUUUUAAUUCGCUACAGAAAUAAAUGUAUUUUUUACAGAAGGCUUUAGCUUUUACAGGACAAUUUUAUCUUCAGUGACGAAAUCUGUAGAUAAUCAGUGAAUGUGAAAUAGUUGACCCUUCUGCGACCUUUAUUGAACAAAAUGAUAGCUGUAAUGGACUUCGUUGAUGAUAUGUUUAUAUCAUCUCAAAUCAAACUAUCGACUGUUAAAUUAGCAACAAUAUACUGACUAUUUAACUGUUUAAUGUUUUUUUUUUCUAAAUGGACUUUGUCAGAGGUGUUUUCAUUGUUUCUUAUUGAUGUAAGUGGAAACUGGAUUUGAACAGCUUUGGUUUUGAAAUUUUGGAAUAAAACUGGUAAGAAAAAAAUUGUUUCUGAAAAGCAUAGGUGUAAUCAGUGGAUCAUUUUCAAGAAGAAUUUCAAACACAUCAGGAUGAACAUUACAGAGCUUCUGGUACUGAUUCUACUGUAAAAAAAGUAACUAUACUAUAUGUGCUUCCAUAGUGUCAGUUCGUAUCAAAAUGUUAAACGACUAUUAUUAUGGAUUUUUUCGAAGUUACAAAAAACUUUUCUUGUGGAACGACUUCUAAAUUUUGAUCUUUUUUUAGCCACCAUAUAAAUGUAACAUUCUUAGUUGCUUUAUUUUAUGUUCUUUUUUUCCUAAAUUCCUUAGAUCUAGAUUCUGUUGUAAAGACUUAGAUGUAAACAGUGAAAAUAAAUUCAAAGUGUCAAGUAUUUUCGUAGAAGCACGCUGGCGUGCCAACAUAAAACAUGCGUACUGUGAUAUCACUUAAAUUUAAAUUAGAAGAAAAUAGAAAUAGUAAAAACAGAAUUUAACUGAAAUAAAUCCAAUUGCAUAUCGAGAGAAAAAUUUUGAAUGCGGUGAAAUAUGUUUUUAAGAAACUGUACAGUGACGAUAAAAUGUACAAAAUAUCCCUAAAGGUGUUAAACGUUUGAAUAAAUAUUAUAUAUGAAAUUAAUAAUAUGCAUCAAAGCUUCAAUGUUUCAAUAUCUGAUAAAAAUGCUAGAGGUAAAUUAACUGUUACUGCCCACGCAUUGUUGAUAACGUUGGUUGAUAUAAUUGACAAUGCUUUAAACAUGCUAAUUUCUCAAAAGUUACAUUAUCCUUCAAGAGAUGUUCUCACUUCAUAGAUGGUAUCUUAUCGAGAUAAAUUUGUAAAUAUAAUGCUUCAGAUGUUUCCACAAAAAAAAGAAGAAAGAAAUCCAUAGAAUGGCGAUCCGAUAAGUACGAGACCAUAAGAACUCUUCCUUCACUUUGAUCAUAAAUUCAUUAAAAUUUUAUUGAGAUAGGUUUUUCUUCUUUCUUCACACAUUUAAUAAAUUAAAAAAAAUUAAUUUAUUAAAUGCGAUAGUUAAUUAACAUAUAUAUGUUAAUUAACUAUACAUAAAUCCAUGAAUAUGUUAAUUAAUCCGAUAGUUAAUUAACAUAUUCAUGGAUUUUAAAUCUGACACUUUGCUGCAUGUUAUUAACUGUUUAUGUAAUAUUUAUUGAAAGUGUAUAUACAUAUUUGGGUAAACCUUGUACUUUAAAAUUUUACUUCCAUAAGCUGAAUGAACUCAAUCAAAAAAUUCUAAAAUAUCAUUGAUUUUAUGCGUAAUUGGCAUUUGAUUUAGCGUCUUUUUUUACCGAGUUGUUUUUACCAAGGAUCUAUUAUUUAGCUCCAUUAGAAUAUGAAUUGAUGUUUAUAAUUUAAGUGAUUUAUAAUACUUUCUUAUUUGUGAACAAUAUUUAAAUCAAAUCGAAUUACAGUCAGAACAAAUCUUAGCAGAAUAUUUUAUUCCUUAAAGAAAUGAUUCCUUAUGUUUAAAGAUAAUGCAAAGUAUUAUGAAAUAAAUUUGGGUUUUAUGUCAUUUCAGCAUUUUGUUCUCUAUUCCUCUUAAGAGAAAUAUAUCUAAGGAGAAAAAUCUCUAUCUAUAAAUAAAGUGUUGUAUGCCGUAUCGAACUACUAUAGUAGUUAUGAAAAUCCAUUAUAUAAUAAAGGCCCAUUUCCGCCUUUUCAGUCCAAAAUUAAAUUUAACAUCAAAAAGCGUGUAUUCUUUUUCUUUAAAAUAAGAUUUAAAAAUAUUCUUGGAUAUGAGCCAAGAUAAAUUAAAUCAUGGUAUUUUAUUGUAAUAAGUGUAAAUGUCGUAAUU